CUCUUUAUCUGUCGUAAACAAAACUAUCAUUGUAGAUAUUUUUAAAAAUUAUGCAAGAUUCACACUCCUAAGGAGGCUACGUAAGCUUCGAAAGAGGAGUCUAUAGAAAAAUAAUAAACAGCUCUUUAAAAAAAUAUAAACAAAAGGAGCUUUUCAAUUUAUAUAAAACAAAACAAACAAAAAAUAUUGAUAAAAGAAAACAAAACAAAAAUGGCAUACGGGUCAUACGACGAUGAUUCAAAGAGGAAAAGGAGGUACGCAAUUAUCUCCAUCUCCUCUGUUCUUCUAAUCUCUAUGGUUGUCGCCGUUACCAUUAGCGUCAAUAAGAACGAUAACGGAGGUAACGAAGAAAUCACGACUUCUGUUAAAGCCAUCAAGGAUGUCUGUGCGCCAACGGAUUACAAGAAGACUUGUGAAGAGACUCUGAGGAAAGACGCCAAGGACACAUCGGACCCGUUGGAGCUUGUGAAGACAGCGUUCAACGCGACGAUGAAACAGAUAAGUGACGUGGCGAAGAAGUCACAGACUAUGAUUGAGCUGCAAAAGGAUCCAAGGACGAAGAUGGCUUUGGACCAAUGCAAGGAGCUAAUGGAUUACGCAAUCGGUGAGCUUAGUAAUUCGUUUGAGGAACUGGGAAGGUUCAAGUUUCACAAGCUUGAUGAGGCGUUGAUUAAACUAAGGGUUUGGCUCAGCGCGACCAUCAGCCAUGAGCAAACAUGUUUUGAAGGGUUUCAAGGGACACAAGGUGAUGCAGGUGAGACGAUCAAGAAGGCGUUGAAAACCGCGGUGCAGCUAACGCACAACGGGCUCGCAAUGGUCACCGAGAUGUCAAACUACUUGGGGCAAAUGCAGUUUCCGGAGGUGAAUAAUCGCCGGCUGCUGUCCCAAGAUUUCCCUUCGUGGGCUGAUGGGCGCGCGCGUAGGCUCAUGACCGCUCCAUUGUCCGAGGUCAAACCAGAUAUGGUGGUGGCGCAGGACGGAAGCGGUCAGUACAAGACGAUCACCGAGGCUUUGCAAAAUGUCCCCAAGAAGAGGAACGCGACUUUCGUGCUUCACAUUAAGGAAGGAAUCUAUAAAGAGUUUGUUCAGGUGAAUAGGACCAUGCCGGAUCUGGUUUUCAUCGGCGAUGGUCCCGAGAAAACCGUUAUUUCAGGCGACAAAAAUUUCAAGGACGGUAUUACGACCUACCGUACCACCACCGUUGCAAUCGUGGGAGACCGUUUCAUUGCCAAGAACAUGGGGUUCGAGAACACGGCCGGGGCGAUAAAGCAUCAAGCGGUUGCGAUUAGGGUUCUAUCAGAUGAGUCCAUAUUCUACAACUGUAAGUUCGUUGGUUACCAAGACACUCUCUACGCACAUUCCCACCGUCAGUUUUACCGCGACUGUACCAUCUCUGGCACCAUCGAUUUUCUCUUUGGAGACGCAGCCGCGGUAUUCCAAAACUGUACAUUCCUGGUGAGGAAGCCACUCUCGAACCAAGCAUGCCCCAUCACCGCCCACGGGCGUAAAGAUCCGCGAGAAUCCACGGGAUUCGUGCUACAAGGGUGUACCAUUGCUGGCGAACCGGAUUACUUGGCAGUCAAGGAAACUAGCAAAGCUUAUCUUGGGAGGCCAUGGAAAGAGUAUUCAAAGACCAUCAUCAUGAACUCGUUCAUUCCGGAUUUCGUAGCGGCCGAAGGAUGGCAGCCGUGGCAAGGCAACUUCGGGCUUGACACGCUCUUCUACUCGGAGGUGCGGAACAUUGGGCCUGGUGCACCUGUCACGAACCGGGUUACUUGGCCCGGAAUCAAGAAGUUGGCCGAAGAAGAAAUUCUUAAAUUCACGCCAGCUCAGUACAUCCAAGGUGACUCUUGGAUUCCGGAUCUAAUCUCUCUGCUUGAUUUCCCCUCUGAACAAUGGCGGCUUCCUCGUCUGCCUCCUCCUCCGACGUGUCCUCCGAUUCCUCAGACUCUCAUCGCAGCCGUAAGGAUCGCCGUCUCCGCCGUCGAAGCGACCGAGACAGGGACUCGCUCAAGUGAUGAGAGCUCAGAUAGUGAGCACGAGAGGUCACGAAGACGCAAGAAGCAUGAAAAGCCAAAGAAGGCUAAGGAUAAAGAGCGAAGCAAGAGUCAUCGUCAUAAACGGCAUAAGAACAGAGACAGAAAGAAAGGGGAAGGAGAAGGAAGCAGCGGGCCUGUGAAACUAUCGAAGUUUUUGGGACGGGACAAGGACGAUGGUGAGCGUAGAAGUGCUGUCUCAGGGAAAAAGAUUCUGCUGAAGGUUGACAAGUCCAAGGAGGACAAAGCUGCAGAGAGCAAGAGAAAUGAACUGCUUAAGUUCUUGAAUGCAAGUUUCGACUAA